AUGGCGGCAAGCUUUCAGAAGUUUGGGGGAACUGCAAUUCCCCAGAAGCCGGGUCACCACCGUUGUAGUAGCUGGUCGCUCAAUCUAGCAACUCACCGGACCAACUCACUACCGGUAGACCAAGGCGGCGGAAACAAAGGGUCCGGGGACGAAGCGGACUUUCUCGUAGUCUGGUUGGUUUCUGCUAGCGACCGUACUACUACCGAAGAUCUACCGGUAGUCAAAGCGCGGGAAAAUCCUGGUUUCGGAAACAUGGACGACUCCUCCUACGGUAAUACUACUACAUUCGCCAUACUCCGUAAUCGAGAUAGUUGUCCUACGUACGACGACGUUCUAUACUAUAGAGUGCAUUGGCGGCAUGCUGUCUGCCAUCUCAUCUAUUACCGUACCUGUUCCUCCCGCUGCCUAUCGUCCGCCGCUGCGCCUCACGUUCCUCCACCUCCACCUCCACCUCCACCUCCCCCUCCACACCUCAACAUCGACUUCCAGCUCCCGCUCCACCAACUCCGCCUCAUCCUCCUCCUCCUCUUCCGCCUCUUCCCCUUUGUUGUCAUCGCCGUCAACCCUCUCUCCCCGAGGACCCUAAUGAAUGAUUUGAUUUGA